AAAGAAAUAAAAUCUUUUUGUGAUCUUCCAAAUACCCCGGCUCUCUCUCUCUCUCUUGGGGUUUUUGCUUCCACUGAAAGCUCACAAUAGUAUUUCCCUCCCUUUGUACGAUUGGUGCCGAUCGUCGUGGAAAAUACCCUUUCUCUACGUUUCAGUUUUUGAUGAUUAUCUAAUUUUGAUCAACAAUCUCAAUUUUACUGUUCAAUUCUGCUUUCUUCCUGCGUUACUCGAUGGAAGAUUAUGCUAAUAGUGAUAAUGAAUAUUUGUAUGAUGAUGAUGAUGAUGAAGAUAACGAUCGAGAUACUUUGAAUAUAAUUCAAGAUGUUGAUUAUGAUGUUCCCUUUAAUUAUCACACUGGUUCUUCCCUCAAGGUGAUCACUAGGGAUUCUCUUCGAGUGGCUCAGAGAGAAGACUUGCAUAGAAUAAUGGAUAUGCUUUCAUUGAAGGAGCAUCACGCAAGAACCCUUCUUAUACAUUAUCGUUGGGAUGUUGAAAAGAUAUUAGCAGUACUUGUGGAAAGAGGAAAAGAUCAAUUGUAUGUGGAAGCUGGUGUCCGGGUCACAGAACAUGCUAAUGUAUGUUCAACCUCGUCCUCUUUGACGUGUGAUGUAUGCAUAGAAGAAAAACCCGCCAUUAAGUUUACAACAAUGGACUGUGGGCACUACUUUUGCAAUGAUUGUUGGACAGAACAUUUUAUUGUGAGAAUAAAUGAAGGUCAAAGUAGACGUAUUAGAUGCAUGGCACAUAAAUGUAGUGCAAUUUGUGAUGAUGGAAAAAUAAGACAUUUAGUUGGCUUGAGAGAUGCUGCUGCAGCUGAAAAAUUUAAUCGAUUUCUUUUGGAGUCCUACAUUGAGGAUAAUAAAAGGGUUAAGUGGUGCCCAAGUGUUCCCCAUUGUGGAAAUGCUAUACGUGUGGAGGAGGAUGAUUUUUUUGAGGUUGAAUGCGCAUGUGGUCAUCAAUUCUGCUUUGGAUGUUCAUGUGAAGCACACUCUCCAUGUUCUUGUCUGAUGUGGGAACUUUGGGCUAAGAAAUGCCGAGAUGAAUCGGAGACUGUCAAUUGGAUCACAAGCCACACUAAGCCCUGUCCUAAAUGUCAUAAACCUGUGGAGAAGAAUGGAGGAUGCAAUCUUGUCGUUUGUGUUUGUGGCCAAGCGUUCUGUUGGGUUUGUGGUGGAGCCACAGGUAGAGACCAUACGUGGUCUUCUAUUGCUGGUCAUAGUUGUGGAAGAUUUAAAGAAGAUGAUCUCAAAAAAACCGAACGUGCAAAAUUGGAGUGGUACCGUUAUGUUCAUUAUUAUGAUCGUUAUAAAGCUCACACUGAUUCCUAUAAGGUUGAAGCUAAGUUGAAGGAAACUAUUCAGCAGAAGAUAUCAUGUUUGGAAGACAAGGAUACGGCAUCGAAAGAUUUUAGCUGGGUAACAAAUGGACUCAACAGAUUGUUUAGGUCCAGACGUAUCUUGUCGUAUUCAUACCCUUUUGCUUAUUACAUGUUUGGGGAUGAGCUGUUUCACAAUGAAAUGUCAAAAGAAGAGAAGGUGAUAAAACAGAAUCUGUUUGAAGACCAGCAGCAGCAACUUGAAGGCAAUGUCGAGAAACUAUCUAUGUGUUUGGAGGAGCCAUUUCAUACUUUUGAAGAUGAUAGAGUAAAGGAAACAAGAAUGAGCAUAAUAACAAUGACGUCCAUAGUUGACAGCUUGUGCAGGAAGAUGUAUGAAUGCAUUGAGACUGAUUUGUUAGGAUCCCUCCAGCACACGAUCCACAUAAUUGCCCCUUACAGGUCCAAGGGUGUGGAUAAAGCAUCUGAACUUUCAGAUUGGCGGACUCAGAACUACACCAGUGAGAGAUAUUCCUGCUCAGAUGGAGUGAAGGGCUCGAGCGAGUCAUCUACAAGCUUGGUUCUGAAUCAAAAUGAAAGUGGGUGCUCUUCCAGAAAACGUACUCAAGAAGAGUCUUCUAGCUUGGGUCUGCGUCCAGUUGAGAGUGGACAUUCCUCCAGCAAACGCGCUGCUAAUGCAGAUUUUGCAGGCAGAUUUUUUGAUUUGAACUUGCCGGCUGAUACAAUCAACAACAGCUGAUUCAUUUGUGUCUAACCUAAAUGGAUAUUGAUAUAACCCAUAACCUGAAUGUGCCACUGCAUAUUCUGAUUCCUUUAUAUUAUCCCCUCCAAGGAACGAUCUCAAGUUCAACUACCAUAUUAUUAACCCCGUUUUGGUACUAGACAAUAAUAUCUAUUUACUAUGUACAGGGCUUUUGAGCUACUAAGAAGUAACUAUGGAAGUUAAGCAGGUAUUACUUGAUACAAAUAUGUUAUCCAUAUGCAGUUUUUAAUUGUUGGACUUCAAAUCUUUGAUCUGAAAUUUUCACAAUUUAUGAAGUUUAAAUUAA